CCAAUUAAUAUCUGGCAAAAGUGCUCUGAUCUUACAUAGCAACUAUAGUAGUGCUACUGCUGUCGAAAACAAUGGCUGAUGAUCACGAAAACCAGUUGGGUAACGGAAAUGUAGCCACAGAGCCAGCAGAAACAGCAUCAGCAAACGCAGGAGAAUUCAAGAACACCCAAUUAGAAGAUACUUCUGGCAAUAAGAGCAAGGAGGAGGAAGCAACCAACACAGUACCAUACUACAAGCUUUUCUCAUUUGCUGAUUCCACGGAUUACAUGUUAAUGUCUUUUGGUACGAUCGGCGCAAUUGGAAAUGGAAUGUGUCUGCCUCUAAUGACAGUGAUCAUGGGAGAAGUGAUUAACUCCUUUGGAGACUCUACGGAUACCAAAGCUGUGGUUCAUCUUGUUUCCAAGGUAGCGCUAAAGUUCAUUUACUUGGCUAUAGGGGCAGCUGCUGCUGCAUUUUUACAAAUGUCUUGUUGGAUGAUCACUGGAGAGAGACAGGCUGCACGAAUAAGAAGUUUAUAUUUGAAAACAAUAUUGCGGCAAGAUGUUGGUUAUUUUGAUAAAGAAGCGAACACUGGGGAAAUUGUUGGGAGAAUGUCAGGUGAUACUGUGCUUAUUCAAGAGGCCAUGGGGGAGAAGGUAGGAACUUUUAUCCAGUUAUUUGCAACAUUUAUAGGAGGCUUUGUCAUAGCAUUUGCCAAGGGAUGGCUUCUCACCCUUGUCAUGCUCACCUCUCUUCCCCCUCUUGUCUUUUCUGGUGCUGUCAUGAGUCUCACUAUAAGGAAGUUGGCAUCCCGCGGACAAGCUGCUUAUUCGGUUGGAGCAAGUGUGGUAGAGCAGACAAUCGGUUCAAUCAAAACUGUUGCUUCAUUUACGGGGGAGAAGCAAGCUAUAACAAAGUACAACAACUCCUUGACUAAAGCUUACAACUCUGGUGUGCAAGAGGGUUUAGCAUCAGGGGUGGGUCUUGGUACGGUUAUUUUUACUAUAUUCUGCAGUUAUGGAUUGGCUAUCUGGUAUGGCGGCAAAAUGAUACUUGAAAAGGGUUACAAUGGAGGAGAUGUCAUUAAUGUGAUUUUUGCUGUCUUGACUGGCUCUUUCUCUCUGGGGCAAGCAUCUCCAUGCGUGAGUGCAUUUUCCGCUGGACAAGCUGCUGCUUAUAAGAUGUUCGAGACAAUUAACAGAAAGCCAACUAUAGAUGUGUAUGACACCAGAGGACUAAAAGCAGAAGAGAUCCGUGGAGAUAUUGAACUGAGGGAUGUUUAUUUUAGUUAUCCAGCAAGACCAGAUGAGCAAAUAUUCACUGGAUUCUCUCUCUCAAUACCUAGUGGUGCAACUGCUGCUUUAGUUGGACAAAGUGGAAGUGGUAAAUCAACUGUCAUCAGUUUGAUUGAAAGAUUUUAUGACCCCCAAGCUGGUGAAAUUCUUAUUGAUGGGAUUAAUCUUAAGGAGUUCCAACUGAAAUGGAUCAGAGAGAAAAUAGGCCUUGUUAGCCAGGAACCAGUUUUGUUUAGUGGCAGCAUUAAAGAUAAUAUUGCCUAUGGAAAAGAUGGUGCAACAAUUGAAGAAAUGAGGGCUGCUGCUGAGCUGGCCAAUGCUGCAAAAUUCAUAGACAAACUACCUCAGGGACUAGAUACAAUGGUUGGUGAGCAUGGAACUCAGCUAUCUGGGGGCCAAAAGCAGAGAGUUGCCAUAGCAAGAGCAAUUCUGAAGAACCCGAGAAUUCUACUUUUAGAUGAAGCCACAAGCGCUCUUGACUCAGAAUCUGAGAGAGUUGUGCAAGAGGCAUUAGACAGAAUUAUGGUUAACAGGACUACUGUCAUUGUAGCUCACCGAUUGAGCACAGUGAGGAAUGCUGAUACCAUUGCAGUAAUACAUCGGGGGAGAAUUGUUGAAAAAGGACCACAUAUUGAACUAGUUAAGGAUCCAGAUGGUGCAUAUAGCCAACUUAUAAGGCUGCAAGAGAUUAGUAAUGUGUCAGAACAUCAUGUGAAAAAUGAUCAGGAAAGGCUAGAGCUUUCCUCAAGUUUUCGGAAACUUUCUUCUUUCAAAUCCUUAAGUAGGGAAUCAGAAAUAGGAAAUAGUAGUCGCCAUAGUCACUCGUUUUCAAUCUCACAUGGUGCUCCUACUGUGACUGGUAUCCAUGAAACAACACCUAUUGAACCUGAUAUUCCAGCUGUAUCAUCAGAAGUUCAUCCAGAAGUCUCACUUAGCCGCUUGGCUUACCUGAACAAGACAGAAAUCCCAGUGCUACUUCUAGGUACUAUUGCUGCAGCAGUCUGUGGAGUAGUCUUUCCUGUUUUUGGAGUGCUAAUAUCCAGCGUAAUCAAGAGCUUCUUUGAUACACCACAUCAGCUAAGGAAGGACUCAAAGUUUUGGGCAUUAAUCUUUGUAGUUAUAGGAGUGGUAUCGCUCUUGGCGCAUCCAAUUAGAGCAUACUUUUUUGCUGUGGCCGGGUGUAAGUUAAUAAGACGAGUACGAUCAAUGUGCUUUGAGAAAGUUGUUUAUAUGGAAGCAAGUUGGUUUGAUGAAGCUGAGCACUCGAGUGGUGCAAUUGGUGCAAGGCUGUCAGGAAAUGCAGCUUCUCUUCGAGGGCUGGUUGGUGAUGCUCUCAGUUUAGCUGUUAUGAAUGCAUCAACUACAAUUGCUGGAUUGGUUAUUGCUUUUCUGGCAAACUGGCAACUUGCUUUUAUCAUCCUUGUUAUGCUGCCUCUACUAGCAAUCAGUGGAUAUUUUCAAAUCGAGGUCAUUAAAGGAUUAAGUGCAAAUGCAAAGAAAAUGUACGAAGGUGCAAGCCAAGUAGCCACGGAUGCCGUGGGGAGUAUUAGAACAAUUGCUUCCUUUUGUGCUGAAGAAAAGAUUAUCAAGUUGUACCAAACAAAAUGUGAAGGUCCUAUCAAGGCAGGGAUAAGGCAAGGUAUAGUUAGUGGAAUAGGCUUUGGGCUAUCAUUCUUCUUGCUCUUUUCUGUAUAUGCAUGCAGUUUCUAUGCUGGGGCUCGACUUGUUGAAGCAGGCAAGACAACAUUCCAGGAUGUUUUUCGGGUUUUCUUUGCUCUCACUAUGACAGCUAUGGCUCUGUCUCAACAAGGUUCCAUGGCCCCUGAUGCAAGUAAAGGAAAGAGCUCUGCUGCUUCCAUAUUUGCAAUUCUUGACCGAAAAUCAAAAAUAGAUGCAAGUGAUGAUUCUGGAACAACUAUAGAAAAUUUGAAGGGAGAAAUUGAAUUUUCCCAUGUUAGUUUCAAGUAUCCAAAUAGACCUAAUGUACCAAUCUUCCAGGAUCUGUGCUUGGCUAUUCGUUAUGGGAAGACAGUUGCUCUGGUUGGAGAAAGUGGAAGUGGGAAAUCAACAGUGGUCUCACUGCUGCAGAGAUUUUACGAUCCUGAUUCUGGUCACAUUACAUUAGAUGGUACCAAAUUGCAAACAUUACAGCUGAAGUGGUUGAGGCAGCAAAUGGGGCUGGUGAGCCAGGAGCCUAUACUUUUCAAUGACACCAUCCGAGCCAACAUUGCAUAUGGAAAAGAAGGUAAUGUAACCGAGGCUGAAAUUAUAGCAGCAGCAGAAUUGGCAAAUGCUCACAAGUUCAUUAGUAGUUUACAAAAGGGCUAUGAUACACUAGUAGGAGAGCGAGGGGUCCAACUUUCUGGUGGGCAGAAGCAGAGGGUAGCUAUUGCAAGAGCUAUAAUGAAGGCACCAAAGAUAUUACUUCUAGAUGAAGCCACCAGUGCUCUUGAUGCUGAAUCCGAAAGAGUGGUUCAAGAUGCACUAGAUCGAGUUAUGGUGAAUCGAACUACAGUGGUGGUUGCGCAUCGGCUAUCCACGAUUAAGGGUGCAGAUUUAAUAGCAGUGGUGAAAAAUGGUGUCAUUGCAGAGAAAGGAAAGCAUGAGACUUUAAUCAGUAUCAAGGGUGGAACUUAUGCUUCUUUAGUUGCACUACAUGCAAGUGCCACAUCUUAGCUAGAUAGCUCUGGCCUCUUUGUAUAUCAAAUUCAAUAAUGUGUUGUACUGUUUUAUAAACUGAA